UUUCUGACAAGACAAAACAAAACAAAACAACUCGAAGGUUUUCUAGGCUGGAUGUUAAUACUAGGAGGCGAAAUGUUGAUAGUAUUAUAUUAGAUCAAGAAAUUUUAGACCCACUGUAGCUUUUAAUCCCAUAAGGGGUUAAACUGUAAGUAAGCUAUUUGAAUACACAAGGAAGGAACCUCGAAGAAGUUGACUAACCCCUCUGCCUGAGUGAGUUGUGGCUGUGCAAGUAAAAACAGGAAGCUUGCCGCACUCUCUCCGGAGAGCUGCUGCAGUUAAAGACACGUCGAAGUUUUUAGUCUAGCCUGCUGUAGGCUAGAAAGAACCUUUUUUGCUAGGCCUGUAUCUUGUUUCUCAAGACUAGCCUAAGUAAACAAGGCGCCGGGUAUAAUGAUGUUAUUGAUGCUUUUGUAUAACUGUUGGUCGAUCACAUCUAUUUGUGUUAUUUCGUGGUUUAGCAUUCCUUCUCUUGCUAAACCAACUGUGUUCUCAACUGUUGGCGAACCUUGGCCGAUGCCUAUGCAACGUACUGUGUCUGAUAUUACGUACAACGUAUCUCCUGAAACUUUUUGCUUUAAUCACGAUGGUGUGAAUUGUGACUUACUUCAACAAGCAUUUCAGCGUUAUUAUAACAUUAUUUUCUAUGGGACAAUUGAAGCACCCUCACAAGAGGCUCUAGAUGCAUAUCCUUUGAAAGGCGAUGGUGAAAAACAACAGAUAAAUUCAUUGAUAGUUACCAUGACAACAUGCCCUGAGUAUCCAAGUGAUAAUUCUAACGAAGAAUAUUCAUUAACUGUACAUGAAGAUACAUCAAACCUGGAGUCAGAAUCGAUAUGGGGUGUACUACGAGGCCUGGAAACAUUCAGCCAACUCAUCUACAUAGCAAAAGAUGGGCGACUGACAAUCAAUGCAACAGAUAUUGUAGAUAGGCCACGAUUCCCCUACCGUGGUUUGUUGCUUGAUACGUCAAGACACUUCCUUGAUGUGUCCAGUUUACUAAAAAACCUUGAUGCCAUGGCAUAUAGCAAGCUAAAUGUUUUUCAUUUCCACAUUGUUGACAAUCCGUCUUUCCCAUAUCAGAGUUCAACUUUUCCUAACCUGAGUCAACAGGGAGCAUAUUCUCCAAACCAUGUAUAUACUCAGGAUGAUAUUGACCGUAUUAUAGAGUAUGCCAGGGUACGGGGCAUUCGUGUCAUUCCAGAAUUUGACACGCCUGGCCACACCGAGUCAUGGCAUGGGAUUCAAAACUUGCUAGUCCCCUGUUAUACAGACAAUGUACCAAAUGGCCUUUUUGGUCCUGUUGAUCCAACUGAAGAAUCUACAUACAUGUUCUUAACAGAGCUGUACAAGGAGAUUAAAAAUAAGUUUCCUGAUGGGUUUAUACAUCUAGGUGGUGACGAAGUGAAACAUACUUGCUGGGCAAGUAAUCCAAGGAUAGUGUCAUUUAUGGAAGCUCAAGGGUUUAAUAACAAUUUCACCAAACUUGAGGGGUACUAUGAUGAGAGAAUAACACAGCUUGCUGAUCAAGUUGGAUUAGAUUACAUCGUUUGGCAGGAGGUUAUAGAUAUUGGUGCUAAGGUCCCCCAAAAGACCAUCGCACUUGUGUGGAAGGAUGCUGAUGGAGGGUAUGUAGAUGAAUUAGCAAAAGUCACAGCAAAAGGCCAUAGAGCAAUCUUAUCAUCGCCAUGGUAUUUAAAUCGUGUGAAAGACCCUCAUACUGAUCCCUGGAAAAAGUAUUAUAAAGUGGACCCUCAAAAUUUUCCAGGUACCAAGGAUCAGAAGAAAUUAGUGAUUGGAGGAGAGGCCUGCAUGUGGGGAGAAUAUGUUGAUGAUACUAAUGUCAUACCAAGGACAUGGCCAAUGGCUAGUGUGAUUGCAGAGAGGCUUUGGAGCCCAAAGGAUUUAAGAGAUCCAAAAGCUGCAGCUUCACGUCUUGCAGAACACAAGUGCAGACUGGUAUGGCGUGGUCUGCAAGCCCAAAGCAUAACUGGUCCAGGGUUUUGUCCGCAGGAGUGGAACAGUAGAGAGCAUGAUAAAUACUAAAAGUGUCUUUCAAUUUUAUAGAAUUUUUACAGUAUUACCAUUUUAAACUUUCAUACUAUGGUAUACCAUAAUUUAUUUUAUUAAAUUAAUACAAGUUAUGAUGGCAAUAAAUAAAAAUACACACACACUUAUGUUGAAGCAAUAGUGUAUUACAUAAAUGUGCUACAUGUUUUAAGCCAGUGCACAGUGUGUCAUAUCACUGUCGGCCUAUGAAACCCCUAUCGGCUGCCUGUGAGUGCUUAACUCAACACAGUGUGCAGAUCUUCGGUACCAGACUAAAGCAUGUUGUUAUUA